AUCAAAGUUUACCGUCAAUGGCAACGAUACGCUGGAUGUUGAGGAACGAAGUUUCGCAAGAUAUGGAAGGUUCACAUAUCAUUUUACCGGUCGAAGCGGAAGCUUAUGUUGAGUCUUUACAAAAAUACAAAAUUAAAGACAUAGGAAACGCUAAGUGGAUGAAACAACAUGAUCAGCUUGAAAAACUUAAUAUGCAAGCAGUGUUGAAUGCCUCUGCAAAUCAAGAUGAAUUCAUAAAAGAAAUGCUAAUAUCACAUGACAAAAUAUGUAUACUAGUACAUGAGUUACUAGCUUUGGAAUUAUGGAAGCAGAAGGUCUGGUCAAUAAUUUCAAACAUAAACUUUGAACCCAGUAGUACCUUUCCCCUUUAUAUGACCCUUUACCAUGAAGCUACCAUUUCUAACUUGAUUGAGACAACAUUUUUUUACAAGGAAACCUGUGAGGGCGCUGGUGAUUGUAUUCUAGAUCUUGUUGAUUAUUGUUAUCGGAAAAUAACUGCACUGUUGGCCAGGCAAGAAGAUGGAGAAGAGUUUUUCCAGGAAGAAAAUAAGAGUUUAAAUAAAGAUUCCACAGGAAAUUUACAGGAGCUGAUUGAUCAAGAGCAGAAGAUAAGUUUUGAAGUUGGAAUCAAAGCUGUGUCAAUACUCCGAUAUAUAACUGAUCAUAUGUCCAGUCUUCCACUGAGUGUAACAACAAGACUUCUGAACAUACAUGACAUUCCAUGCUUGUUAGUGUCGCUUGUGGAAUCCCCACCUUGGAGCACCUUUAAGAAUGGUAAACAAAUGAAAUAUGUAGAUGGAAAGUGGUUGGAAAUCCCCGCAGAGCAGCGGCUGCAACUAACGAAGAUGGACGGUCAAGUGUGGAUCGCUGUGUUCAACCUCAUGAUGAGCGAGACAUGUCAGCAGAAAUAUGAAUUCAAUUCACACAAUAAAGCAACAAUAUUGAAGUUACGAGGUCAUUUAUCAGAAGUGACAAUUGAUCAAAUCCCGAAUCUUGGUGAUCUUCAACGCUACCUGGAGAAUCUAGCAGUCAUUGAGCCACCACCAGCACGGACUGGACUUCUACUUGAACAGGUUCCUGAAAUACGUGAUAUGUUGCUGUCACAGAACGAAGGCAAGUGGGGAGCAAUUGCUAAGCACCAGGUUAAGACAGUCUUCAACCCAUCCACUCAAGAACUACAGGAACAGGCUAAGAGGUUUGCUGAAACGUAUAAUUUUGACAUGUUGGGGGAUUUGAUAGCAGAACCACCCAAGUGUGUUGUGUGCGGGGAACUUGCCACUAAGAGAUGUUCUCGUUGUCAAAACGAGUGGUACUGCAGAAGGGAAUGCCAAGUGAAGCACUGGAGUAAACACAAACAAGCCUGCAACUUAAUACAUGAAGAACAGAUUAAAAAGGAGAAUAAAUCAUAGUAGUAAAAUAAAACAUAAGCAAAUUGCAAGUGCAGUACAUUCAUCUGACAUUGAGGUCGCCCUUCGAUUUCUGUAUGGUGAAUGGUGGAAUCAUAUGAAAUAAAUCGUAAACCAUUUUCACCAUAUUUGAACAAAGAUGAUCAGUCCAGGAAGUGGAUCCUUGAUGACCUAGUUUCUGUAUUAGGCUUGGGGAUUUAUUCUUGGUUGUAGAAAGAAGUAGGAGUCUUGAAAUGGGCAUGGGGGCUGAUGGAGGUGCAAAGGUGAGGUUGGGGCUCGACUCUUAAGUGAGUGGGCGCUAGCUAUAGAAAUAAGGUGAUUUUGAGGUGGGGGGGGGGGGCUUGUCCAAGUUUUUUUAAGCUUCCCUGCGAGUGAAGUGUUAUAAAUGCAUCAUUUUCCUGAAGAUAUAUUUAAGUCGUUUUGCAUACGCUGUACAACAUUGUCUAUAUGUAUGUUAAUCUUCUACAUUCUUCACAAAGAGCAAGUCAGUGACUUUCCAUGUGCUCUCUAGUUCACUACCAGGAUGUCACUGUAUUGUGCCACUCUAGUGCAUCCCCUGGGCCAGCCUGGUUUUCUGGUUGUUAACUAGGACCAAUUCCUGAUGAUGACAUAAUUAAUGUCGAAAUAUUGAAUCCCAACACGAUGGCGUGUAUUUCAAUACUUGGAGUAUGUAUUAUACUUUCUUAGGACCAAUUAAAUUCUCUACUUUUUAUAAUUUACUUUAAUGCUCUAGUUUAAUAAAGUUUAAGAAUUGAUUCAGUCACAUUUCAACGUGCACAGAAACGGUAAAGGUUAAAUUUCGACUGAGUAGGACGUAUUAUAAAAUUGACUGUUUUAACUGUUAAUGCAAUAACUUAUAUUUAAUAAUGUUUUAUUUCUGUGUAUAGUUUAGUUGUACCUAUAUGACCGACUCUUUGAGUCUUGCUGUAAGAGCAACCUUGAAGCAUUAUAGAAGAGUGUUUAAAAACAUAAUACAUUCCAUAUUUCAAAUGUUGGUUCUGGAGUUGAUCUUUAUAGUGUACUGUAUAUCUACAACUGGAAAGUUUAUAAAAGCAAGUGGUAGCCAAGUGCUAGCUAUGUAUGUUAAAGUAUAAACAUGCGAUCUCUCUCGCAUCAUUUGAAUGGCUGUGAUGGUGUGCAUGGAUGGAGUAAUUUAUUUAUAGACAGAAUGGGACCUUAGCUUGGUGAGGAAGAUGCUUGCCUUCAUAUUCUAGGGUCCUGGGUUUUUUCCUGUCAAGUGACUGGAUUUUUUUCUUGCGUCCUAAUGACACUUUAGCAGUUCUCACAACCUGUGUACUGUAGGUUUUCUACGGGCUAACCAACUCUCGAAACUUAUGGUUUAAAUCAGCAAAAGUCUUUUACUUCAGUGGUUUACUAUGAGUUCCCUGAGUUAUUCACGACUAGCUUUACUGCGAAAUAGAUACGAAUCAACACAAUUCGAAUUGUGCCGAACAAAGUAAGAAUUGUCAAGUCAAGUUUAGGCCUACUACGAGCAUUUUGAGAUCAUUACGAGCUUCAAACGUGUUAAGUGCUGUCCAGACUCAUAUUUUAUGUGUCAAAAACAUGUGACAUGCCUAAAUAUGGUCAUGAUAACAUCAUGACCAUUAUAGGCACAUCAUAUAUGGACAUACAAUAAAUAAAAAAUUUGCAGUAAACUUGAAGGUAAAUCGUCCAAACCGCAUCACAUACUCGAGGUAAUUCGUUGCAAGUUCGCGGCACGCUUGUGCAUGGAAAACUGCCGGCAAGUUUCCCGAGUUGUCUACGAGUUAGCUGUGGGUCCGAUACCUAGAGUACUCUACAAGUACUACGAGAUGUCAACCUUUGACUUAAUUUUUGAAGAUGUUCAAAAUACCGCCGCAUGUUCAGAGCUGCUACAAGUUCUCUCCGAGUUGCCCAAAUAAGCCAAAGUUUUUGUUUGAGUUCUCUCUUAUUUUGGCAAUUUACCAACAAGUUUAAAUGCGCUACUGUGACAUCAACAUCCUGUGGUACCGCGCUUUAAUGAUUAUACUUUGUCAUCUUUUCAUGAGUUUUGAUAUUUUUUUUAUUAUCCACUAUACUAGUUGAUUGCAUUGAAAAUAUGUUUGUACAAUAAUUAUUUAUAUUUGUGACAUUAGAAUACAUUCUGAGCCAUGGACUAUUAUUAGCCCUAUCCCCAAUGUUCCUAUUGGCUUUUUAGUCUAUUUUAUGUGCAUUUUGCAGCCAGGUGGUUUUCAGCCGUGUUCUGUUCAGAAAUAUGGUACAUUACCAUUAUUAUAAAGAGAAUACCUGCUCUACAUCCUCUCAAGAAUUAUAUUAAUGUCAUUUCCAUUUGCAGAAACAUGUGGACACCAAGGGAAUCAAUGCCAAUUAACAUUUUAGGUUGAUAUUUGGCAUUAUGAAAAUUGGUAGAACAUUAAUGUUGAUAGAUAUUCAUUUUUUUUUAGCAUAUACUGACAUUAUAUUAAAAGCAAUCAAGUAAUAUACAAUUUAGGAGCCAACAUCUUAAAAAGUUAGUCGAUAGCAAAUGAAAAUGUUCUAAGUAAUGUAAGUAUUUAACAGACAGCCUCUCCAUAUUUUUUUUUUUUUUUUCUAAAAAUUCUUGGUAUGGAAUUGUAAGUCUUAAGACAAACCCAUACAAAUGUUUCCGGUUCUUUUUCGUUUGAGUCGAUAUUUGGCAUUAUGAAAAUCGGUAUAACAUUGAACUUGAUAAAUAUUGCAUUGUUUUGAGCAUAUUAUACUGACAUUAUAUGGAAAAGCAAUCAAGUAAUACAAUUUAAAAGUCAACAUCUUAAAAACUUAGUUGACAGCAAAUAAAAAUGUUUUGUUUUUUCUAAAAAAUCUUGAUAUAGUUGUAGUCUUAAGACAAACUCAUACAAAUGUUUCUGGUUCUUUUUCGUUUGAGUCGAUAUUUGGCAUUAUGAAAAUCGGUAUAACAUUGAUCUUGAUAAAUAUUGCAUUGUUUUGAGCAUAUUAUACUGACAUAGGGAAAAGCAAUCAAGUAAUACAAUUUAAAAGUCAACAUCUUAAAAACUUAGUCGACAGCAAAUAAAAAUGUUUUGUUUUUUUUCUAAAAAA